AUGGUCAAGUACGUCUCGGCAGCGGUUUGCAGCCUGGCCAGUUCUGCAUCGACUCUUCUGGAGCAAUUAAGGAUGGGAAUGGACGUGGAUGUUUUCUUACACGUAUGUCUCAGCGUGGAGGUCCCACGAUUGUACAAGGUGCUAAUCAAUCCAUUGCUUCUAGCACCCACAUCACAGCUACAGUGUGAUACUGGAGCAAGUCCACAACCCUCCUUUUCCAUAGAUUCCUCCGGCACGUUACACCAUAAUGCCACCACAGACUUUGUGGCCUGCGUGUCAGGUCAAAGUGAUCAGCUUAAUAUAUAUACAAACCCACCUCCGUCAGAUGUGACCGGGUGUCAACCCAUCUUGCUACAUGCCGACAGAUGUCAAGGAGCACCAACACAGCCGCCCUCAGGACCGCCAAGUGUUCCUCAGGGUCCUCCUCCAGGAUCACCUCCUGUAUCAAUUCCACCACCUAUAUCACCUCCACCUGUAUCGAUUCCAUCACCCAUACCACCACCACCUGUUGUCCCACCACCAAUAUCACCAUCUCCACCAAUAUCACCUCCGCCAAAAGUUUCAAGCAGCCUCCCAGGUCCUAGUCCUAGUGUAAGCCCAAUUGUUCCUCCACAAGUUCCCCCACCUCCUGAAGGCUCUACCUCGCGCCCAAUUACAACACUAUCUCAAGUUCCUCCUGCAGGCCCAGGUGUUCCUCCGGGCCAGCCAGGUGGUGGACCCGGUGGUCCAACGACGUCAGGUGCGCCUAACACUCCGGCAGAAUCUUCAGGGCCCCGGACACCAAGUGCACCAGGUGGUGUGCCUACUGCACCUGGACCUCCUCCUUUUGCUAACUCGAGCGUCGCAACGCCUACAGGUGCCUGUGCAACUGGACUUUGUCCUACUGGUGGAAUACUCCCAACAGGAACCUCCGGACCUGGUGGAUUUGCUCCUGGAGCUGGAGGCGGCGGAGGACCUUCAGGCGGUGGCUGUGGCACGAAUCUUAUCAAUGGAAGCUUCGAGUUCCCUCAUCUCAUCAUUCCCAUCGACAGCUCAUCGCCCAACAAAGUCGCUGGAACAUCGUUCAAUGGCACAAUCACGUCGACGAUAUCUUCAAUAUUCAAUUUUGAUUUCCUUCCCAACUCGGCAAACAAGCAAUGCUCUCUGGUCUUUCUGUUCCCAACACAAGAUAAACUCGAGACAUCCGCAUUCACCUUCAGUGGUGAUGGAGCCAUCAGAUUCUUGGAGUUGCAAGCACCGGCUAGCUCCUCCACAUCCUUCUCCAACGCGCCGCAAAUCAAGGUUGAUUUUGGUGUGACGACUGUGUCACCGGGAAAUACGUAUACUAUUGCAACUUUUGCAUGCCCGGCUGGUCAAACGGUUGCUUUUGAGUUGAAGAAUGCUGGAAGUACGAAUUUGGACUUUUUUGAGGAUUUCAAUCCAGCUCCGUAA